AGCUGUCCAUAGCUCCGCCUCAGAGACUGAGAUGUCCAAGAUCGAGCUCCCUCGGCUGCCACCGCCGAAGUCCGGGCCUCUCACUUUAAGUACCCUUUCCAUCCCCCGGUCGCCUGCGAAAGAAAGUUGAAGGAUUCCACGCUUCCUUUCCUUCCAAGAUUCCUACCGAAAUAUGGCAAGAAAAGGAGACGAAUUUAAAGAGAUUUAGGUUUUCCAGUGACUUCGAGUCUCUUGCUUUCUCUCGUUGUUUCGGGUUCGAUUUCGGAGGUAUGUUGUGAUUUCAUUCUCUGGUGAAUUCUUGGUUUUGGGUUGGGAAUGUGGGAUUGGGGGAUGGUUUUGGUUCCUCGGUUUGGGUUUGAUUUGUACAGAUCUGGUGCCGAUCAUGGUUGGAUUUGAUUCAUUUAGGUGGGAUAUCUCCUGGUUCUUGUUCUUGAUUGUUUUUUUUUCCGAUUUAUGCAAUUGGUUGAUUUGUAUUGGAUUCUGGAUCGAUUUAACCUCGUGCAUGUGUGCAUUGUUAUUUAUGACCUCUGUUUUCUUGGGAUAUCUUCGUGUUUUCUUAUAAUGAAUCUGGUAUAAGAUCUGUCUCCUAGCUUGUAUUGGGCAAUAAUGUAAAAGAUUAUGGAUAUUUUUCAGUUCUGUGGGAGGAAUGGUGAUUGAUGGAGAGAAGACAAAGACUUAUCUGGGAAGGUUUUUGCUGAAGAGUGGCUGAUGUAAUGUUUGGAAUUGAUUGGAGAAGGGGGGCAAGGUGAAGCUUGCUUAUUGGAUUAGUUUCUUGUAUGAAUUAAUGAAUAUUAUACUUUCUCUUUUGUUGUCGUCCUAAAAUCAGAAUCUUGGUUUAUCACCUCCUUAUGCAGUACCAUGAAUUUAGAAGGCUUUGAUAUGAAAUCAUACGUGGGUCAAACCAUUUUCUGUUCUCAGAAUGCAUCUCAGAGCCAAUUUUCUGUUUAAUUUCUUUGUUUCUGUAUUGGAAGCUUUUCUGUUUAAUUUCUUGUGUCUGUAUUGCAAGGUCUUAUUGGUCAUUAUAUUAAUUUUAAGUGUUCGGUUUUUCUCUUUUUCAGGUUUCUACAUAUAGCUUUUUCACUUUAGCAUGAUGUUUCUUGAGGCCACCAUUUGCAUGAAAAAAGUUCCUAUUAGUGCUUUUUAAUCCGAGACUAUAUGUUGGUUGCACCUUGGUUUAGGUCUGCUUCGGAGUCGCUUUGCUGCUAGGUUUUUGUGAGGGUGUUGAGUUUAAUAGGAAGCAACAAAUAUUGGAAAGGAGUAGGUCUGUGUGAUAGUGAUGGACUUGGGUUCUGCACUCUUCAGACUAGCUGCUGUCUGAUGUUUCUGGUCUGAAGAUUUUUGGGUGUAAAUUUUCUUUAAUCCUUAUUCUUUCCGUCCCUUGUACUACUCUUUCUGGGUAGGGGUUGGAUGUGGUGCAAAGGUUGCAUAUGACUUUCACAUGAUGCGUGAAGAAAGACCUGAUAGGUUCUAUAGCCAGGUAGGACUUUCACAAGCUCGAAGGCUGGUCCAAGGGAAAGUGACAAGAUUGCAUAUCCACAACCCAUUUCCUGUCCAAGUCGGUAGGGAACUGUGGAUCCAGCAGCCUGAUUGCCUGGAAAUAACUCAUCAUGGGCAGGUGUUCAUGCUGAGGAGGGCAACAUCCUCAUUUACCCUUCGCAGCUCCUUGUUGCUGAUGGCAAUUAGAAAGAACUGGUCCUCUUUCUUUGUUGGUAAGCAAGUAAUUUUACACGGUUGGAGGAAAGAGGUGGAAUCUCCCCCACCUUUUUUAACCCCUUACUUGGAGUUUGCAGCCCUGGUAGAUCAGGAAAUUUUUUUUCUGUGAGAAGGAAAAUUUUUUACUUUGUAUGAAUUCAUAGAGUAGUUACUCGAGUGGAGUUCAGAAGCAAGGGCGGAACAAGCUGGGUUCGUAACAUCCAUAUGUGUAUAGCUGCCGGAAUACAAGAUGGAUAUAUAGAAUCAAAGAUAUUACUUUUAGGAAAAUUUUAAUGAAUCAUCCUUGUUGUGCCUCUGGAA